AUGCCUUGUUCGGCCCUGGUGCUGAUGAUCGCAUCAACGUCGACGAUGAUGGCCCUGCUGUACCUGCCUGCGGCGGUGCACCUCCCCCAGAUGCGUUGUGCAUGUCAUAUUCUCAAUCUGAUUGUCAAGGAGGCCUUAACUACUCUCAAGCCUUUGAUAGAAAUAUUUAGAACUGCAAUAUCAUUCUUAAAUUCAUCUAAUCAAAGAAUUGCUGCAUAUAAAAGUUACUGCAUUGCAACUGGUGUUAGGCCUAGAAAGUUUCAGCUGGACAUGGAGUCCUCUUUCACUACUUUCAUCCAAGCUCAGUAUCCUAGGUCUGAAGUUACAUUAUCUGGUGUGUACUAUCCUACAUCUCCACUUAUGAUUCAUUAUCUUGUUAAGAUUGAUUUGCAUCUAAAAAAUUAUGCUAAUAAUAUACACAUCAGAUCUGUGGUGCAACCUAUGAUAGACAAAUAUAAUAAGUACUGGAGGGACAUACCUUUGCUGUACUCUUUUGCAUUCAUCUUGGACCCCAGAGCUAAAAUGAAAGGUUUUACUAGGGUGCUUAGAAGGUUAGGUGGUCUCACCAGUACUGAUUAUUCUACUUAUUUGGUUGGCACUAGAGCUAGACUUACUGAUGUGUACAAUAAGUAUGAAGAGAAAUAUGGUGCUGUUAGGUUGAGGAGGACUGACCCUCCUGUCAUGUCUGGUAAGUCAAGAUCUGCUUGGGACGAAAUAUAUGAUGAUGAUGAUGGUGCUGCUGGUUUGGUUUCUGGUAGCUUGCCUGGUACUCUUAACAUCUCUAGAGAUACAUCUGCUACCUCUCUGCUACAUGCGGUAAGGUCAUCAGCUUCAGCUUCCAAUGCUUCUGAACUUGUGUCCUACUUGGACUGUGACAUUGUCAAUCACCUAACUGAUGACUUCAACAUCUUGAACUGGUGGCAUCAGCACAAACUUACAUACCCAGUACUCUCAAUCAUGGCUAAAGAUAUCUUAACUGUUCCUAUUUCUACCAUAUCUUCAGAAUCCACUUUUAGUAUGACUGGCAAGAUCAUCGAGGAGCGAAGAAGGAAUCUGAAGCCUGAAAUGGUGGAGAUGCUGACCUGCAUCAAGGAUUGGGAGGCUGCAGAAGCAAGGCUGCAACAGAAUGUGGAAGACAAGGAGCUUGAACAAGCUUUUGAAGAACUUUAUCUUGAUCAGUGA